GCAGUGAAAAAAGAAGUUCAAAAAUUGCCUGUGAUGGUCUAUAUUCAUGGUGAAUCAUAUGAAUGGAAUGCAGGAAAUCCUUAUGAUGGACGUGUUUUGGCAAGUUAUGGAAAUGUAAUAGUUGUUACUAUAAAUUACAGAUUAGGUGUUUUAGGUUUCUUACCAGCAGUAGACAGGUCUGCAAGAGGUAACUAUGGGCUUAUGGAUCAGGUAGCGGCUUUACACUGGAUUCAAGAGAAUAUAGAGGAAUUUGGAGGUGAUACUGGAAAUGUAACUAUAUUUGGACACGGAUACGGAGCUGCUUGCGUCAAUUUGUUAAUGUUAUCUCCUAUGGCUAGAGGUUUGUUCCAAAGGGCUAUAAUGCACAGUGGAUCUGCAUUAAGCCCAUGGGCGAUUGCUAGAGACACUAUCACCCAUACACUUCAUAUAGCUCGAGUUCUCGACUGCCCUGCUCAAGACAGCACUGCACUGGUAGAAUGUUUGCGCAAAAGAGACUUACAGGAUAUUAUGGAAGUAGAAAUAGAUGCACCAGAUUAUAUAUCAGCUUUUGGGCCAACAGUCGAUGGAAUCGUUCUCCCUGAAGAUCCAGCUGAUACAAUGGAAAGAAAUCCGGCACUAUUCACACAAUAUGACUUGAUGUUCGGUGCAACAAGAGUAGAGCACUAUUUUCAAUUUUCAGCUACCGAAGAAAAAUUUGGUAUAGAUAGUAAUAGGAGAGAUAGAAUAUUAAGGACAAUGGUGCGAAAUCUUUUUACAUAUCAUCUGCAAGAGAUAUUUCUGACAAUUGUGAAUGAAUACAUGGAUUGGUCACGAGCUUUUCUGCAUUCAAGUGAUAUCUUUGAUGGAACAAUUGAUGCAAUUGGAGAUGCUCUAGUCGUAGCCCCCAUCAUAAGAGUUGGAUCCUUCCACAGUAGUCAUUUCAGAGACACGUUCACUUUCCCUUCUUCCUCGGGAGAAAAGAAAAGUUACUUCUACAUAUUUGGAUAUCAAACUGAAUUUGGUGAUUAUUCGUCCAGAUUAGGUUGCGUAACGGGUGAAGAUCUAGCAUACGUAUUUGGCGCCCCUCUAGUCACUGCUUUGGCCCACUUUGCAACGAACUACUCAAAGUCGGAAGCAUCUUUAUCUGAAAUAGUUAUGCUACAGUGGACAAACUUUGCGAAAAGCGGAGAUCCUAAUAUACAAUUCUCCAACGACACGCAAGGCGAAAACAUUAGAGGACGUUAUGAAAAAUUAACAUGGCCGAUGUAUGAACCUGUGCAUCAGAAAUAUUUAAGCAUAUCUAUGAAACCUCGAGUUCGUGAUCAUUAUCAUGCCCACCGCUUAUCUUAUUGGCUGAAUCUAAUUCCGAGACUACAUAGUUCUGGUGACGUCAACGUAUCUGUACAACAUCACAGACUUCAAGACCACGACAACCCAUUUAGCUAUGACGGGACUGUGCGUCAUGCUUCUGGAGGAGGUGGACAACUCUUUCCUUCUGCUACAACUUCACCCAAUCAGGACGCUGAUCACCGUUCUGAGGAAUUCAACGGUUCUAAAAGUGAUACGAAUGCAACCCACAAAUUAGAUUCAAAGGAAACUGAAAUCGUGUCCAAACUUGACAAAAAUAACAAAACUCAUUUAAUGGGUGAACAUCAAAAAAUGUAUUCUACAGCUCUUAUUGCCACUAUUGCUGUUGGAUGCACACUUUUGGUAUUGAAUGUAGUUAUAUUUGCUGGAAUUUACUAUCAAAAAGAAAAAGAUAGUCUUGAAAAGAAACUUCAAAAAUCAUUUUACCAGGAGCGUCGUAGUGAUGAUGAGGAUGGCCACGGAUCAAGUGAAAAGCCAUUUCUUGUCAAAGACCUUUCAUCAUCUAUGAUGCUAAAUCAAUAUUGUUCACAACAAGAGUUUGAUGGGAGCCAAACAUUAGAUCUUGUCCAGCCAAGCAAGGUUAAACAGUUCCAAAACCAAACGCUCCCAUCGGUCAACAGUCGCCAACAGUCCAACGAGGGCACAUUUCACAUUACUAAUAGGACACCUCAAACCGAAAAAGGAGCUGGUAUCAGAGAAGCACAACCCUUGCUAACACCACCGUCCUCAAACUCAAAUACCCUAGUUGCAACGGCGGAUUGUUUGCAAUGGUCACAUGCUCAAGAAAUGUCCGUGUAACCUGUUUACCUAAUGUGCAGAUUUUAUCCGUGUUCUAUUUUUUUUUCUGUACUAAAACAUAACGUGUUGCUUUU